AACUCGUUAUCCUCAACAAACGAGUUCAAGAGUUGACUCGCGAUCUUAACAUUCCCGAUCUUCGUCUAAUCGGACCGGGCCUAUCAGCCAAAACCCAUAACAGUUUAUCGGUCCUGUAGCAGUUAAUCGAACAGGAAGGCAAAAGUUCUUGUAUUUACAUAAAGAGUAGCACUUCAACUUUUCAAUUUAGCAUCCCGCCCUGUUUUGGUGUAGUGAGAUUUCAAAUUAUGAGGAUUUCGCACUAGUAAGGGAAGAAAAUCAUAGAUAUCUGAAUUCCUUCGAUUUUCUUCUCUAAAAUGGAGGGUUCCCCUCGAUGUCCUUCAACUCCUAUAUGGAACAACAAUAGGCCCUUUCUCACUGGCCGAUUCCACGAGGAAAUAAGGAAGAGUUCUCGAGCUACUGAAGCUAAAUCUUCAUUCUUUGAUUCUUUCAGUUUACCAAGAGGUCCUGGACAGGAGAAGGCCAUUGGUUGCUAUAGUGCUUCUGUGCAGGAAUUGAUUGUAAUUGAUGAUCUACUGUCUGCAAUGGUUGGAAUUGAAGGGCAGUACAUCUCAAUAAAAAGAACGGGGAAAGAUAAUAAUUUUAUCUUCCAGGUUGAUUUGUCAAUGGAUCUUUCUCUCCAGGAGUUGGCAAACCGUAUGUUUCCUCUGUGUGAGAGCUACUUGUUGGUUCAUCACUUUGUGGAGUCAAGGUCUCAAUUCAAGGCUGGGCUUGUUAAUCAUGCAUUUGCUGCUGCGUUGAGGGCAUCCCUUCUUGAUUACCAGGCAAUGGUGGCACAACUUGAACAUCAGUUUCGGCUAGGAAGACUUUCAAUCCAAGGUUUAUGGUUCUACUGCCAGCCAAUGGGAAUAAUGCAAGCUUUAUCCAUCGUGAUCCAGAAAGCUUCAGCUAAUAAUUUCGCGGGCUCAACAGUUCUUAACCUUUUACAAAGCCAGUCCAAGGCCAUGGCUGGUAACCAUGCGGUGAAAAAACUGCUGGACAAAUUGACGCAAAGUGCUAGCGCUCCUUAUCUUGGUAUACUUGAAAGAUGGGUUUAUGAAGGAGUAAUUGAUGAUCCUCAUGGCGAAUUUUUCAUUUCUGAGAAUAAAUCUUUGCAAAAGGAAAGUCUCACAGAAGAUUAUGAUGCUAAGUAUUGGCAGCAGCGGUACAGUUUAAAGGAUGAUAUACCUGCCUUCCUAUCAAAUGCUGCUGGAACAAUUUUGACUACUGGAAAAUAUUUGAAUGUGAUGCGGGAAUGUGGGCACAUUAUUCAGGUCCCUGAGUCAGAAGCUUCAAAAUUGAUGAGUUUUGAGGGAAAUCAUCAAUACCUUGAAUGUAUAAAAGUUGCUUAUGAAUUUUCAAGUGGUGAACUCUUGAAUCUUAUUAAAGAAAAGUAUGAUCUAAUGGGAAAGCUACGGGCUAUGAAGCAUUAUAUUCUUCUUGAUCAGGGUGACUUUCUGGUUUCUUUUAUGGAUAUAGCUCGUGAUGAGCUCUUGAAGAAGCCAGAUAAGAUUUCUAUAGAGAAGCUGCAGUCUCUGCUUGAUCUGGCUUUGCGUACAACAGCAGCGGCAACUGAUUCUUGCCACGAGGACUUAAUAUGUUGUAUGGAAAAAUCCACUUUGAUUAAAAGAUUGUUUUCGCUCAAAGAUCUUGGGAUAAACCAGCCUGUUUCUGAAAGCGGUGAUUUAGAGUCAUCUGUUAACAUUACUGGCUGGGAAACAUUUUGUUUGAGUUAUAAGGUCCACUGGCCACUGUCCCUUGUCAUAUCAAGGAAAGCAUUAACAAAGUAUCAGCUGAUUUUCCGCUUGAUUUUUCAUUGUAAGCAUGUGGAUCGCCAGCUUUGUGGGGCAUGGCAAGCACAUCAGGGUGUUCGUGCCCUGAACAUAAAGGGAACUGCAAUCUCUCGGUCAUCUUUGCUGUGCCGAAGCAUGCUUAAGUUUAUAAACAGUCUUCUGCACUAUUUGACAUUUGAGGUUAUUGAACCCAAUUGGCAUGUGAUGCAAAACAGACUUCAGACUGCAAAAAGCAUUGAUGAGGUUAUACAAUAUCAUGAUAUUUUCCUCGAUAAGUGUCUGAGGGAGUGCUUGCUUCUUCUACCAGAACUCCUUAAGAAAAUUGAAAAGUUGAAGUCAAUAUGCCUGCAAUAUGCUGCGGCAACUCAGUGGAUGAUUUCUUCUGUAAUUACUAUAUUACCCGAACCAGACACUACCUCAGUUGACAAUGUUACUGAAGAGGAUAAAAACAUGAAACAAAAGAUGUCGAAGAAGGUGACAAGAUCGAUAGUAGAAAAUGAAGCAGUCACCAACUCUAUCCUGAAAUUUGGGAGGGACUUUACAUCUGAACUUGAGAGCUUGGGGCCAAUUUUGAGCAGCAAUUCACUAGUAGAGCCCUAUUUGACUCACCUUGCUCAGUGUAUUCUUGGUGUGGGGAGGGACUAAUGAAUGCCAAAUCCACAUUGAUGCAAAAAAAAGGAAAAAAAAGUGUAUCAUAUUUGUUUUGUUUAUUUCCUUGGUUCAUUUUCGCGAUUUUAAAUGACGACUCUUGUUCGUUUUAUAAUGGGUAAAGGCGAUUCAAUUGUUUUAGCUGAUAAAAUUAUUUUCUUGCAUCACCCGCUCCAAAAAAAGAAUGUUUGGAUUUUUCUUUGUAUUUUUUUCUUGAUUCUUGCGUGAUUGAAGAUUGUUGUGUUUUUUCUUUUCUAAAACAUUGGUUUUCAUUAUGUUAAUCUCAUGUAAACAAUUUCAUUAGUAAGUAUGAUGGGCUGGCUAUAUAUCACUUCUCA